GUAGCUAAGAAGCGAGCAGGAUGCCCCCAGGCAUUUAUUGCCCUAUGGAAUUCUGGUCCAAGGGGGAAAACCAAAACAUCCAGGUGGACUUUCUGCUACCCACAGGCAUAUACUUAAACCUCUCUGUGUCCUGCAAUGCCAGCUUGGGCACCAUCAAGCAGGUGGUGUGGAAGCACGCGCAGUAUGAGCCGCUGUACCACAUGCUCAGUGACCCCGAGGCCUACGUCUUCACCUGCAUCAACCAGACAGCAGAGCAGCAAGAGCUGGAGGAUGAGCAACGGCGGCUUUGUGACAUCCAGCCCUUCCUACCAGUCCUGCGGCUCGUGGCUCGAGAAGGAGACAGAGUCAAGAAGGUUAUUAACUCCCAGAUCAGCCUCCUCAUUGGAAAAGGAUUGCAUGAGUUUGACUCUGUGCAGGAUCCAGAGGUGAAUGAUUUCCGCACCAAGAUGUGCCAGUUCUGUGAGGAGAGAGCAGCAAAGCGGCAGCAGCUCAGCUGGGCGGCUUGGAUGGAGUACAACUUCCCCCUGCAGCUGGAGCCCAUGGCCAAAGGCCUUGGGACUGGCCCUCUACACAUGCCCAGCAAGAACAUCUUUGUCAACGUCAAGUUUCAGUCUGGCGGGGAGAGCUUCACUUUCCAGAUCUCCCCGAAGGAGUUCCCCAUCACAUUAAUGAGCUACGCUAUCAAGAAGCAGGCUACUGUCUUCCGCCACGAGACAGUGGAGAACCCAGAGGAUUACACUCUGCAGGUGAAUGGGAAAUGUGAAUAUCUCUAUGGGAACUACCCCCUGUACCAGUUCCAGUAUAUUCGCAGCUGCCUGCACCGAGGCCUGACGCCCCACCUGACCAUGGUACACUCCUCCACUAUCAUUGCCAUGAGAGACGAGCAAACCAACUGUAUUGCCAGUCCCCCAAAGAUGGUUGCCAAGCCUCCCCCGCUCCCUAAGAAAAAGCCAAACUAUGGUUCUCUCUGGUCCUUGGAGCAGUCUUUCUACAUCGAGCUGGUGCAAGGCAGCAAGGUCAAUGCAGAUGAGAGGAUGAAGCUGGUGGUACAGGCAGGUCUCUUUCAUGGCAAUGAGAUGUUGUGCAAGACCGUGUCAAGCUCUGAAGUGAAUGUAUGUUCAGAGCCAGUGUGGAAGCAGAGGCUGGAUUUUGAUAUCAACAUCUGUGACCUCCCCCGUAUGGCACGGCUCUGCUUUGCCCUCUAUGCUGUCAUCGAGAAGGCAAAGAAGGCACGUUCCACCAAAAAGAAGUCCAAGAAAGCUGACUGCCCAAUCGCCUGGGUGAACGUCAUGCUCUUUGACUAUAAGGACCAGCUGAAAACAGGGGAAUGCUGCUUGCACAUGUGGUCCUCCUUUCCAGAUGAGAAAGGGGAACUUCUGAACCCUAUGGGCACGGUGCAAUGCAACCCCAACACAGAAAGUGCAGCAGCCUUGGUCAUCUGCUUCCCCAGCGUUGCAUCACACCCUGUGUAUUACCCAUCAUUUGAGCAGCUGCUGGAGCUGGGGAGGAAUGGAGAACCACCCCGUGCUGUGCCAGAAGAUCCUGAGGAGAAGCUGCAACUGAAGGAGAUCCUGGAGCGGAGGAGCCACACUGAACUAUACGAGCAUGAGAAAGAUUUGGUGUGGAAGAUGAGAUAUGAUAUCCGUGACCAGUACCCACAAGCUUUGGCAAAGCUGCUUAUCAUCACCAAAUGGAACAAGCACGAAGAUGUUGCCCAGAUGAUUUCCCUACUUCAGACUUGGCCAGAGUUGCCUGUCCUAAAUGCCUUGGAGCUGCUGGAUUUCAGCUUUCCCGACCGUUAUGUUGGUUCCUUUGCUAUCAACUCGUUAAAGAAGUUGACAGAUCAUGAAUUGUUCCAAUACCUGCUACAGCUUGUCCAGGUGCUUAAGUAUGAGUCCUACUUAGACUGUGAAUUAACUAAGUUCCUGCUGGACAGGGCGUUAUCCAACCGCAAGAUUGGCCACUUCCUCUUCUGGCACCUGAGGUCGGAAAUGCACGUUCCUGCAGUUGCCUUGAGGUUUGGCCUGAUCCUGGAAGCAUACUGCAGAGGCAGCACCCAUCAUAUGAAAGUUUUGAUGAAACAGGGAGAAGCACUCAACAAGAUGAAAGCUCUGAAUGACUUUGUUAAAGUGAGUUCUCAGAAGGCCACCAAGCCUCAAACCAAGGAGAUGAUGCAUGUGUGCAUGAAGCAGGAAACUUAUCUUGAAGCACUUUCCCACCUCCAGUCCCCCCUGAACCCCAACAUUAUCCUCACUGAAGUUUGUGUGGAUCAGUGCACCUUUAUGGACUCCAAAAUGAAACCUUUAUGGAUUGUGUUUAAUAAUGAAGAGACUGGUGGAGGUGGAGUGGGUAUUAUUUUUAAAAAUGGAGAUGAUCUUCGUCAGGACAUGCUGACUCUGCAGAUGAUCCAGUUGAUGGACAUCCUGUGGAAGCAAGAGGGUCUGGACCUGAGGAUGACCCCUUAUGGCUGCCUCUCCACAGGAGACAAGACUGGACUGAUAGAAGUAGUCAUGCACUCAGACACCAUUGCCAACAUCCAGCUGAACAAGAGCAACAUGGUGGCCACUGCGGCCUUCAACAAGGAUGCGCUGCUGAACUGGCUCAAGUCCAAGAACCCAGGUGACGCUCUAGAACAAGCUAUAGAGGAGUUCACUUUUCUUCCUUAUUUUCAGCUGUUCCAUAUUGAUUUUGGUCAUUUCUUGGGGAACUUCAAGACCAAAUUUGGUAUUAAUAGAGAACGAGUUCCUUUCAUCUUAACGUAUGAUUUUGUGCACGUCAUCCAGCAAGGAAAAACUAACAACAAUGAGAAGUUUGAAAGAUUCAGGGGUUAUUGUGAGAAAGCCUACAUGAUUCUGAGGCGCCACGGUCUUCUCUUCCUGCACUUGUUUGCGCUGAUGAAAGCUGCUGGCCUGCCAGAACUCAGCUGCUCUAAAGACAUUCAGUAUCUAAAGGACUCCCUGGCUCUUGGGAAAACAGACGAGGAGGCACUGAAGCACUUCAGACUAAAGUUUAACGAAGCCCUACGAGAGAGCUGGAAAACCAAAGUGAACUGGCUGGCACACAACGUAUCCAAAGACAACAGACAGUAGAGCAGCGUCGGCCCGCACGCUUGCUCCCAGAGAAUGUAAUACCUGCACUGAGUCCAGCAACUGCAGACAGGUUUUUAAGGACUGAUGAAUGUUGCCGCGUUGAAGAUCCCCCACCUGCGUUCCCAGAGAUCAGACCGUUCUGCAUGACUGAAAAAUCGUUGGACUGUUUUAUCAGCUGCAUAAUUGUGUCUCCUGUAAGAUCUUUAGGGGACAAGGGAGAGACGCGAGGCAAUAAAAUUACUGCAAACAGUGAAAGGUAGGUAGAUGUACUGUACCCUCAAGAACUUAAACUUCAAAUACAUCUUCUGGUGGAAGAGUUCAGGCAGUUUUAACAUCCU